CUCAAUAAGGAUCGUUUCACUCUGGAGUUACUGGGGAAUUGUAUGCUUCUUUUUGGACUGAUAGUUGCUCCUUCUGGGUUUAAUAUGAUUGAUGUGGAUCUUUGUUUAUUUGCGACUUUUUGGAGUGCGGUGUGGGCUAUCCAUCCAGAGUGUGAUAUUAUCACUCAGCUGAUACAGGAGGAAGAAAUCUGCACUAAGACCAAGAACAGAGAGACCAACCAGACCCAACAAACAGGAUGUGGAACGGAUUGGGAUAGGAUACUGUGCUGGAAUACGGCCAACACUGGACAAAUCAUCAAUGUUUCCUGCUCAGAAGUCUUCCAACAUUUCUCCAACAAUCAAGGUUUUAUAUACAGGAACUGCACGUCUGAUGGCUGGAGUGACCCGUAUCCUUCAUAUGACGAGGCUUGUGCGUUUGAAGAUGAUUCAGAGUCUGGAAGUGUGACAACCUUCUCAACUUUGAAGAGGCUGUACACAGCAGGAUAUGCAACCUCACUUAUAUCACUCAUAACAGCUGUUAUCAUCUUUACCUACUUCAGAAAGUUUCACUGUACCAGAAACUACAUACACAUCAACCUGUUUGUUUCCUUCAUAUUACGGGCCAGUGCAGUGUUUAUCAAAGACGCUGUGCUGUUCUCAGACGAAACCCAGGAUCACUGCCUAAUGUCCACGGUGGCAUGUAAAACCGCUGUAGCGUUCUUUCAGUUCUGCAUUCUCACCAACUACUUCUGGUUGCUGAUGGAGGGGAUGUACCUGCAAACGCUCCUCGCCCUCACAUUUGCAUCACAGAGGAAGUACUUCUGGUGGUAUAUCCUCAUAGGAUGGGGCGUGCCAUCAGUUUUAUUGGUUGUGUGGGCAUUGACCAGACAGUUUUAUGAUAACAGAGGGUGCUGGGAUGACACAGAUAACAUGAAUAUCUGGUGGAUCAUUAAAGGACCGAUCACAGUAUCGCUGUUUGCCAAUUUUAUCAUCUUCCUAAAUGUGAUUCGUAUAUUAGUUCAGAAAUUGAAGAGUCCUGGAGUUGGAGGCAGUGACACGGGCCACUUUAUGCGUCUGGCCAAGUCCACCCUCUUCCUCAUUCCUCUGUUUGGGAUGCACUACACUGUGUUUGCCUUUUUGCCAGAAAACACUGGGGAAAUAGUGCGCUUCUGCAUCGAGCUCGGUCUCGGCUCAUUUCAGGGUUUUGUGGUGGCAUUGCUUUACUGUUUUCUAAAUGGAGAGGUACAGGCAGAGCUGAAGCGGAUACUAUUGAAAUGGCAGACUCAUCUGAGUACCACUAAAAAGAGCCGGAUCACUAUUACUCAAAUCUCGAUGCAUGAGGUCGGAGGCACACAGGCUCACAUCAAUGGCGACAUCACAUCUGUAUGAAUUCCAGGUGUAAUGCGGUUGUUCAACACUUCAAGAGCUCUGGUGUCGGAAGAGCUUCCAGUAGAUGUGGAAGCAGGGCUCUAGGCAUAGGCAGGGGUGAGCUGAGCCCACCUUAAAGCCUGUCUUGCCCAACAAAUGAGAAUAAAAAAUUACAC